ACGAUUUCGCGGCCUUAUCCUCGCGCGCCACCGCGGCACCCACCCACCGCCACACCAGCCAGCUGCCCGGCAGAGCGCUGAACAAGCCAGAGCAUCACCGCAUCAGCCGCGGGCGAAGGGGCGAGCAGCUGAAAAAAUGGCGGGGGCGGCCUUCCUCUCGACCGCGCAGGCUCCCGCGCUGCUCGGCGCCCGCGGCGUCGCUGCCUCGCCGUCCGUUUCGUCUCCGGCGCGGAGGCACCUGCACAUUCAAGUCUACUGCAAGGGCAAUGUUGAGGGCAUUGAGGCCGCUGAUCAUGAAGAGGGUCUGCGAUUCCGGAGAAGGGACUUCAUCGGCGGCUGCGUCGGGACGGCCAUUGGUCUGGAAUUUAUUGAGGGCUCCACCAAAUUCACAGGAGUGGCUACUGCAGCUGAUCUCAUCGAGCGUAGGCAACGCUCUGAGUUCCAAUCAAGCAUCAAGGAUACCCUCUAUACAGCUAUAAAGGCUAAGCCAGAGCUCGUUCCAUCUUUGUUGACCUUGGCCCUGAAUGAUGCCAUCACAUAUGAUAAGGCCACAAAAACUGGAGGUGCAAAUGGAUCUAUCAGGCUAGAAAUAAGCAGACCUGAAAACAGUGGGCUCUCUGCUGCGUUGGAUCUGCUGACUGAAGCCAAAAAGGAGAUAGAUUCCAAAUCCAAGGGAGGUCCAAUUUCAUUUGCAGAUCUGAUCCAGUUUGCAGCACAAUCAGCGCUGAAGAGAUCAUUUCUUGAUGCGGCAAUUGCCAAAUGUGGUGGAAAUGAAGAGAAGGGAAGAACCCUAUACUCUGCAUAUGGUUCAAACGGGCAGUGGGGUCUGUUCGACAAAACAUUCGGGAGAACAGAUACACAAGAAGCUGACCCAGAGGGAAGGGUACCUAAUUGGAGCAAAGCUUCUGUUCAGGAGAUGAAGGAUAGGUUUGUUGCUGUUGGGUUGGGUCCUCGCCAGCUUGCUGUGAUGUCAGCCUUCCUUGGACCUGACCAGGCUGCUACGGAGGAACGACUGAUUGCUGAUCCAGAUUGCCGUCCAUGGGUCGAGAAGUACCAACGGAGUCGUGAGACAGUCUCCCGGACAGACUAUGAAGUUGACCUGAUAACCACACUCACAAAGCUGAGCUCCCUUGGCCAGAAGAUAAAUUACGAAGCCUACACUUACCCCAAGCCAAAGAUUGACCUGGGUAAAUUGAAACUGUGAGAGAUGCUUGCCGGGCAUCUGCAUCGGCCAUGUUCAGGAACCAGAAGCUCAUGAACUGGUGGGCUCCGGCUGCUCAAGAGUGAUUUGAUUCGGUGGUGACGUUCAUGUAACGGCUGCUCAUCGGCUGUCAGACUUCAAUAUCAGACUUUUGUUUUCCAUGGCAAUUAGGAUGGUACGUCUAGAUAGUUAGAUUUCAUUGUCUGGUUUCGUUUUCCGUGAACUUGAAAGUGCCAGACAUGAUUGGGACAAACGAGGUGUUCUGUAAAUUCUCUUUGUGCAAUCUACAUGUAUGUGGCUACUGAAUAA